AUGCCUGCACCAAAGUUGCGAACGAGAGAGUCACCAAAAUACAUCGUAGCAACAGCCCAGAGCAGCAAAUACGCCUUCGCUAAACCUUCAACACCCACCAGCAUACCUCCCCCUUGCACCAUCUGCACCCGCCUCUCCACCAUAUUCCCCUGCUGCCUCACGCUCAAAUCCUCCUCUCCUUGCCCAACAUGUCUUGCCUUCGACGCCGCGUUCGCCGCAAAAGCCCCCGACGCCGAAACGACGCGCCAGAUUCAGCAAGACCGGGUGGAGAGUUUGAAGCUCACGACCAAAGACCUUGAGGCGGAGAAAGACUAUCUGAAAACUGGCUUGGAGGAGAAGAGAAAGAUCAUGCAGCAGAAGGUCAAGCAGCUGGAUGGUAUGGUGCCGCGGAACGAUUUUAAGAAGAGGAUGAAGAAGGUUAGGAAGGCUGGGGAGGCAAGGAAACUGCCAGGGGAGAAGUAA